AUGGAUUAUCAAUUAUUUCAACAUCACCUACAAGCACAACCUUUUUAUCAACCGCUUCUGCAAAUGCAGCCAGUGCAUCCGUGGCAACAGUGGCACUGGCUGCAGCAGCAGCAACAACCAUGGCUGCAGCAGCAGCAACAGCCAUGGCUGCAGCAACAUCAAUGGUUGCAACAGCCACUUCCGCUACAGAUGCUUCAACAGCCACAAGAACCGCAACAGCAACAACAGCAACAACCGCGAAAACGGCAACAGCAGCCACAACAACGGCAACAACAGCCACAACAACGGCCACAACAACGGCAACAACAACGGCAACAACAGCCACAACAACGGCCACAACAACGGCAAAAACAGCAGCGGAAACGGCUGCAACAAUUUGAUUCGGAUCAAAUUAAAAAGGAUUUGAUAAAGUUACGAAAAAUGGGACGGAACUUUCUGACUUUCGGGCGUCAAAUAAGACGCAGGAUAAAGCUGGCUUCGCUGCCGAGAAUUGAAUCAACAGAGCAUUUAAAUAACAUUAACUGUAUGGUCAAACGACUGUAUGACGAUUUCAACUCUUAA